GUAGACAGCUGGCAAGUUUUUCCGGAAAAGUGGUUGAUUUUCUGGAAAAGCGGCUGAUUUUCUGGAAAAACUGGCCAGUCUAGACACAGCCUAGCAGACUGCAAUACAGUAAGACAAAAAGGGGCCCAGUUUCUGCAAGCCCACCUGGCUGGGAUGUUCUGGUUCCCACAAAGAUAGAUAGGGCUGGCUCUGGGGGCUGACAUGAAGCAGCCCGCAAAAGCUCAUGAUACUAUAUAGAGCUACUCUCUAAGGUGCCCUAGGACUGCUCUUUGUUUUAAGUUACAGACUAACACAGCUAUCCCUGUGGGUAUCUUUUGAUCUGAGGAAGUGGGUCUGGCCCACGAAAGCGCCUCACCUCAUAAACCAUCUUGUUAGUCUUUAAAGUGCUACCCAGUCUUGUCUUUUGUUACGGCUGUCCCUCUGCGACUCCCCCACCCCCUUAGCUCUGGUGGGCUAGGCUGGGUUUCCUCUCUGCAAAGCGAAGUAAAAAUGAAUCUCGCUAACCGAGGGUGACUUUUUUACUGCCGUGUAAUUGCCCCCCCCCUGCCACUCGGAUUUAUGGCUUGAUUGCUAACAGCCGCGGGCAGCCCAGGCUCUCCCGGUUGGCACCUCUUCGCUCGUGCAAAGCCGCCAGGCGGCCUGAGGCGAUGCUCUUCCGCCCCGGCGCAGCAGCCAGGAGGCAGCAGCCCGCGCGGAUCAUCUGACGCCGAGUUCCCGGGGCCGAGGCAGCCAAGGGGCUCGCGCCGCUCGCUGCCCGCCCGGCGCAGCGCCUGCCCGGCUAGGGGGGUGGGAGCGGGGCAGCGUUUCCCGGGCAGUCGGAGGAGCGCAGCUGCCAACACCGCCCGCCGCCUCCUGCUUGUCCUACUCUGCCCCGGCUUCUUUAAUGCGGGGGACUCGCCUCCCGUGAAGCGGGGUAGCCAACCCUGCCCCAAGCGGGAGGCAAAGCUGCUCCGAGAGCAGCCUUCCUCCUGCGGCUCCGUGUCUCUUCCCGGCACAACGUAGCAACUUUUUAACCCCCCCCCCCCGCCACCGUCCCCACUACCGGUUGCCUUUUAUUUUUGCCGCCCCCGGCAAUCUGCAAUGCACAGGACUCUUCCUCCCCCCGGCCAUGGGGCAUGGCGAGCCACGGCUUCUGGCAGCGCUGGGGAGGACCGCCCGUGGAGCAAGGAAGAGUGAGCGCGGCAGAGAGCAGCGGGCAGGAGAAGGAAGCCCCCGGCCGAGCCGACCGUCCUUCCUGCAGCCCCAUCCCGCUUCCCCCGGCACCUCCUUCCCAGGCAGCAGGAGUGCGGGGGAGCAGUGAUGGCCUAGACAUGAACCAGCGCUGCUGACUUUGUCCAGCAGCUUCUCCCUGGAGCGGCCACCCCACCCGGCCACCCUGUGGAUUGGAAACCUGCAGCGAUCGCGGAGGCCGAGCUGACCAACAAGGGCGAAAGAGGCUGUUGGAGCAGGGGGCAGGAGAGGGAGGCUGAUUUCCCCCCACUGCCUUGCAAAAUGCGGGGCUUUAACUUGAAAGCCUCUUCCUAGCCUUGCGCCUCUGUUUGCAACCGGGGUAUUAAUAUUUGCAAGCUCUAUAGGAACUUGGGGAGGCUCGCUCUGCUGGGGCGGUUAGGGGGUUGCCUGGUUGAGGGGGGUGGGCACGCAGGGACGCUGAAACUAUGGCUCUGACCAGCGACUCUGCCAGUGUCCGGGGCAAGUCCAGCCGGGGCAUUGGCGAGGAGAAAAGCCCAGCGGCAGGAGUAGGGUCCGAGUGCAAUGGGUAUUAUUAUGCGGAGGGGAAGCAGCAGCCUGGCGCUCAGCAGGGGCAAAAGGAAGACUCAACCUGCCAGCUCUGCUGGGGUGACCUGGUGCUGCAGAAAAUCUGGAGCUCCUGGAAACUUUCCUCGGCUCUCUGCGCCGGAUCCCUGUCCUUCUUGCUGGCUCUGGUGGUCAGGCUGGUCCGGGGGGAGAUCGGCUGCGAUCUGGAGGAGAAGGUGGCGGCGACGGAGGAAGAAGCAGCAAGAGGAGGAGAGUCGGGUGGCUUGCAGUUGCCCCACUUCCAGCUGAUUCCUUGGCUGCAUCCCAUCGCUUUGCUCUUCAGCCUCAUGUGUGCCUUCUUCUGGAUGGGCUUGUACUUGCUGCGCUCCGGGGUCCGCCUGCACACAGCCGCCUUGCUGCUGGCCGCCUGCUGCUGGGGGGAAGCGAUUGUCCAGAUUGGGUUCGCAAUAGGGGAGGAUCACUUGCUCUCCUUCACCGCCACGGGGGUGGUGCUGAGCUGCUUGGCCACUGUGACAUGGCUGGUGCUGCAGAUGAGGCAGGGCGUCCUCAUGAUCGCCUUGACUAGCGCGGUCAGGACCACGUCCCUCGUCUCCUUAGAGAGGAUCAAGGUCGCCUGGAGACCCUACCUGGCUUACUUGUUCGGGCUACUGGGCAUACUCCUGGCCAGGUACGUGGAUCAGCUCUUGCCCCAUUGCGGGGUGGCGCCGCACCGAGAGAUUUCUGGUGCCCAACUGGCCAAGGAAGAGGUCCCGGUGUUUAAGAGGAGGAGGAGGUCCAGCUCCAUGAUCUCUGCCGAGAUGUCUAGCUGCAGCAGCAAGUCCCAUCGGAGGACCUCCCUGCCCUGCAUACCUAGGGAGCAGCUCAUGGGACAUUCUGAAUGGGAUCACAAACGAGGGUCCAGAGGAUCACAGUCUUCAGGUACCAGUAUUACAGUUGAUAUCGCUGUUAUGGGAGAAGCCCAUGGGCUCAUUACAGACCUCCUUGCAGAUCCUUCAUUGCCACCUAAUGUGUGCACUUCCCUGAGAGCAGUGAGCAACCUGUUGAAUACACAGUUAACCUUCCAGGCUAUUCAUAAGCCAAGGGUUAACCCUUUGGUAUCCUUCAAUGAGAACUACACCUGCUCUGACUCAGAGGAAUGUCCAGAAAAAGGAGAAAAGCUGGCUGUUCCCAAGCGCCUACGAAAGAGUCUGCCUCCAGGGCUACUCAGGCGAGUGUCAUCAACUUGGACCACAACAACAUCUGCCACAGGUUUACCUACCUUGGAACCUGCACCCAUGAGAAGAGACCGCAGUGGCAGCAUCAAACCUCAUGAAUCUUCUUCAUCCAGCACCGACCCUUGGAACAGCUCACUUCUGAUGGCAAUCACAAAAAGCAGGUCCUUCUCAGCCUCCUAUGCGAUGUCUGCAACAAACCAUCUUAAUUCCAAAAGGCAAAGCCGACAAGGUAUCCCGCCAAACAUCUCACCUCUCACCUCCCCAUGCCAUUCACCUAUUCAGGGAACCCCAGCCGCCAGUCCCACUGGGAAAACCUUUUCUGUGCAAUUUCCAGACUCUACUGACACUGACACUAAACAAAGUCUGAAACCACACAAGAUUUUAACUUCUACGCAGAGUGCACCUGACCUUUCGGAGCAGAUUAUGGGCCCCCCCGUUAUCUGCAGCAGCUGUGGCAGACCAUAUAACCAAAUAGGUUCUGGCACUGGUGCACUGGAUAGAGGUGAUGGAACAGCACAUGCCCUGACCAGAACAGAUGAUCCAGCUCAAGCCACCUCUGACUAUGAAACCAACAAUAGUGACAGCAGCGAUAUUGUACAAAAUGAUGAUGAGACAGAUUGCUCUAAAGAACAGAUGCGGAAGGGAUCUGUCUGCAGAACAUAUACACCGGAGACUAUCGUAUUGCACCCUUUAAUACCACCUGAGGACAAACCCAUCCUUGCCCCGGAGCCUCUUGUCAUGGACAACUUGGACUCUCUUAUGGAUCAGCUAAACUAUUGGAACUUCCCAGUCUUUGAUUUGGUGGAAAAAAUAGGAAAGAAAUGUGGUCGGAUCCUCAGCCAGGUAUCAUACAGGCUUUUUGAAGACAUGGGGCUAUUUGAAGCCUUUAAAAUUCCAAAGAUGGAGUUCAUGAAUUAUUUUCAUGCCUUGGAGUGUGGAUAUCGGGAGAUACCUUAUCACAACAGAAUUCACGCGACUGAUGUUCUACAUGCUGUUUGGUACCUUACCACUCAGCCUGUCCCAGGACUCCCAACUGUGAUGAAUGACCAUGGGUCAGCAAGUGAUUCAGAUUCUGAUAGUGGAAUCACUCAUGGCCAUAUGGGAUAUGUGUUUUCGAAGAUGUGUACACCUGCGGAUGAUAGCUACGGCUGCCUAGCUGGCAACAUCCCUGCCCUAGAAUUGAUGGCGCUCUAUGUAGCUGCAGCCAUGCAUGAUUAUGAUCAUCCAGGAAGGACCAAUGCCUUUUUGGUUGCAACCAGCGCACCUCAGGCCGUGCUGUAUAACGAUCGCUCUGUUUUGGAGAACCAUCAUGCAGCUGCUGCAUGGAAUCUUUUCAUGUCCAGGCCAGAAUAUAACUUCUUAGUCAACCUUGAUCACGUGGAGUUCAAGCAUUUUCGCUUCCUUGUAAUUGAGGCUAUUUUGGCCACUGACCUGAAGAAACACUUUGAUUUUGUAGCCAGAUUCAAUGCCAAGGUGAACGAUGAAGUUGGUAUUGAUUGGACUAAUGAAAAUGACCGCUUGCUGGUUUGCCAAAUGUGCAUCAAACUGGCUGACAUCAAUGGGCCUGCUAAAUGCAAAGAGUUGCAUUUGCAGUGGACAGAGGGCAUUGUUAAUGAAUUUUAUGAACAGGGUGAUGAAGAGGCAAGCCUUGGCCUUCCGAUAAGUCCUUUCAUGGAUCGCUCAGCUCCUCAGUUGGCACACCUUCAGGAAUCCUUCAUUUCUCACAUUGUGGGUCCACUGUGUAAUUCCUAUGACUCAGCAGGGCUGAUGCCAGGGAAAUGGGUGGAAGAUAGCGAUGAGUCAGGAGAUACUGAUGAACAUGAAGAGGAAGAAACAGCAGAAAUGGAAAUGUGUGAAACUUCUGAGUCAAGAAAGAAAAAGUUCAAGAGGAGGAAAAUUUACUGCCAGAUCACUCAGCACCUGCUUCAGAACCAUAAAAUGUGGAAGAAAGUAAUUGAAGAUGAGGAAAGAAUAGCUGGGACAGAAAAGCAAGGUCUAGAGCAAUCCACGCUGCACCAGUCAUCAGAACAAAUUCAGGCCAUCAGGGAAGAAGAGGAGGAAAAAGGGAAACCCAAAGGGGAGGAGGAGAACACAGCUAUAGAACUGAACCAAUGACAAUAUUUUCAGCAGUAUUUUAAGACAGAUUGACUUGUGCACAGACUCCUUUUCAAGCCAGCACAACAUUUAGACACAACACUGUAGAAAUAUGGGAUAAUGCGCCUACAGCAGUUUGAUUUGUUUUUCUUUCCUUUCUAUGGUGAGGUACAUUGUUUAAACUUCUAUGUUCAAGAAGCUUUCGCAUCGCAACACUGGCUUUUACAGACUUUAAGGGGGCAAGGGGAGGGUGAAAUUAUAUACAUAGCCGGUCAUUGGCUGCGUUCUUCAGCAAAAUACAUGGAAUGAUAUAUUGUGGCCACUGAUAUUACAGAAGGAAAUGCUGCUCCUAAAGCACAUUUGCAGUUAACCGUGAGGUACCAAUUAAGUAGAUUUUGCUUUUAAUGCUGAGGGAUAAAAGUUCCAAAGCUUUCUCAGAAUGUUAAUACAUCCUGCUAACAUAUAUGUGGGGAAGUGGGGAAGUGGGGAAGAAGGGUGGGUGUGUGUGU